AUGAAAAUUCAGAUCUUAACACAUACAUACACAUUGACGAUCGAAGUUGAAACGCAAGAAACCAUUCUCGAAAUAAAGCGAAAAGUUGAAUAUUAUCUUGGUGUUCCUAUAUCGUCGCAAACUCUUAGCGUUUGUGACUGGGAACUACUCGACGGGCUUGAUCUAGACGAUUAUCCAAUUGUCACCGAGGGUACGAAGAUUGAUCUUACGAUCAAUAAUCAUAUCCCGGCAAUUGAAAUUCGUCGACAAAUCCACAUUACAGUUAAAUUUUCAUCCCGAAAACACAACAUAGAGGUCGAUAAAACAGAAACCGUGGGAAGUCUAAAAGAAAAGAUCCAUAUUAUCGACGGGACGCCUAUUAAGCAAAUGACCCUUUGGUUUUUAGGAGUGGAGAUGGAUGAGGAUUUUCGAAAGCUGAGUGACUACGGCGUUGAUGAAUACUCGGAAAUCAUUGUGUUUCUAAAGACCACGAGUCGAAUGGUGGCCGAGCCUCCUUCACGGAAGCUUCGGUUUGUGGUGCAAACGUCGUCGGCUCUACUCGACUCGACGUGCAUUCCGUUGGAGAUGAAGGACUCCAGCACCGUGUAUGAAUUAAGAGAACUACUUUUGGUAAGAAAAUUACUACCAAUCGAUGACUACAUAUUUAUUCACAAACAAAGGAUCAUGCGAGAAAAUUGUAGCCUCCGAUGGCAUGGUGUCGAAAAUGACGAUUAUCUCUACAUAUUUAAAGGUACCGUCAGUCGUGGCUAA